GUCUUCUCAAGCCCACCCGUGUGUCCCCGCCGGAAGAGUCCGGAGAGAAACGUCGCCACUGCGGGAAAGGAGCCGGCUGAAGCUUGGUUCCUGUGCGGAUGCUGGGGCUGUGAGGCGCGACGCGGUCGGCUGUUUGCGGCGCAGGGAGCAGGACAUCAGGGCUCGCCUUCCCUCCUCUGCCGCUGCCGCCGCCAUGAUUCCUGUGUCGCUGGUGGUGGUAGUAGUGGGUGGCUGGACUGCAGUGUACCUGACCGACUUGGUGCUGAAGUCAUCUGUCUAUUUUAAGCAUUCUUAUGAAGACUGGCUGGAAAACAAUGGAUUGAGCAUCUCCCCUUUUCAUAUAAGAUGGCAAACUGCUGUUUUCAAUCGUGCCUUUUACAGUUGGGGACGGCGAAAAGCAAGGAUGCUUUACCAAUGGUUUAAUUUUGGAAUGGUGUUCGGCGUAAUUGCCAUGUUUAGCUCAUUUUUUCUCCUUGGAAAAACGCUGAUGCAGACUUUGGCACAAAUGAUGGCUGACUCCCCCUCUUAUUCUUCCUCCUCUUCUUCCUCUUCCUCCUCAUCUUCUUCCUCUUCUUCUUCCUCUUCUUCAUCCUCUUCCUCAUCCUCCUCCUCCUCUCUUCACAAUGAACAGGUGUUACAAGUUGUGGUUCCUGGUAUAAAUUUACCCGUCAAUCAACUGACCUAUUUCUUCGCUGCAGUUCUCAUUAGUGGUGUUGUACAUGAAAUUGGACAUGGGAUAGCAGCUAUUAGGGAACAAGUUCGAUUUAAUGGCUUCGGGAUUUUUCUCUUCAUUAUUUAUCCCGGAGCAUUUGUUGAUCUGUUCACCACUCAUUUGCAACUUAUAUCACCAGUCCAGCAGCUAAGGAUAUUUUGUGCAGGUAUCUGGCAUAAUUUUGUCCUUGCACUCUUGGGUAUUUUAGCUCUUGUUCUCCUCCCAGUAAUUCUCUUGCCAUUUUACUACACUGGAGUCGGAGUGCUUAUCACUGAAGUUGCUGAGGACUCACCUGCCAUUGGACCCAGAGGCCUUUUCGUGGGAGACCUUGUCACCCAUCUACAGGAUUGUCCUGUUACUAACGUGCAAGAUUGGAAUGAAUGUCUAGAUACCAUUGCCUAUGAGCCCCAAAUUGGGUACUGUAUAAGUGCAUCAACUUUACAGCAGUUAAGCUUCCCAGUUAGAGCAUACAAACGGCUAGAUGGUUCCACUGAAUGCUGUAACAAUCACAGCCUCACAGAUGUGUGCUUUUCCUACAGAAAUAAUUUUAAUAAGCGUUUGCAUACAUGUCUACCUGCCCGGAAAGCACUUGAAGCCACCCAAGUUUGUAGAACCAAUAAAGAUUGUAAAAAAAGUUCAAGUUUCUGUAUAAUACCUUCUUUGGAAACUCACACUCGCUUAAUAAAAGUGAAACACCCACCUCAAAUUGAUAUGUUGUAUGUAGGACAUCCUCUGCAUCUUCACUACACAGUGAGCAUCACAAGUUUCAUCCCACGUUUCAACUUUCUAAGCAUAGAUCUUCCAGUGAUUGUGGAGACAUUUGUCAAGUACCUGAUUUCCCUCUCAGGAGCUCUGGCUAUUGUUAAUGCAGUGCCCUGCUUUGCUUUGGAUGGACAAUGGAUUUUAAACUCUUUUCUGGAUGCCACCCUUACCUCAGUGAUCGGAGACAAUGAUGUCAAAGAUCUGAUAGGAUUUUUCAUAUUGCUUGGUGGCAGUGUACUUUUGGCUGCCAAUGUGACCCUGGGACUCUGGAUGGUUACAGCACGGUAAUAUUUGCCCUCAUUUUACAGAACCUCCGAAUUAUAAUAUACAGCUAGGUGGUAUCCAUUGCCAUUGAAAUCCUUACUUGGUGUGAAAUAUAAAGUGUUUCCUUAAAAUUACAUCUUAGCCAAACAACUUUGAGCUCCUCCUAUAUCCAGAGUACCCAAACUCUGUGGUGGGGAAUAAACAGAAGAAAUGAAAGGCAUAGUCUCUAACUACACUCUAGUUUUAAAGACUGAACAUACACUGAUGCUUGUGGAACAAUUUCUAAACAAGUACAAAUUCAUGUAAUACCAUUUUGUGUGACUACAUAUCAUAUUGAAAUAGUAUAAAGGAGAACAGAAUUGGGUGGAAUUAAUUGGGAAAAACUUUUUGCAAAAGCAUCAUUAGUCAACAUUUGAAGGAGACCAGACUUUAGCCAAGUGGAAGGGUCACUGUUUUCUUAGCCUGUAUCUCUUGUUCUUUGUCUUGUUUGAUAAGUAUUUUAAAAGUUAAUGUAUAUUGUUUUUUACUCUGAAAACUGAGGUCUGAUUAUAAUUAAUAAAAUUUUAUAAAAGAAUCUGCUGAUGUGAAAGAGAAAAUCUUUGUCAAACGAUGCCAAAUAAAUGAACAAAGUAGGAAGUAGGGUCUAUGA